AUGUUCAUUCUCUAUUUGACCCCAGAACCUUACAGCCCAUCGAUGUUGGAAGCGGCGCUCAUCGAUAAGUACAAAAGCACCAAGGGGUGCAAGAACGAAAAAAAUGGUGGCGACACAUGCCAGUGGAGCGGUGAGACCUCGGAGAAACGGCUCUACAUGACUUAUGUUGCGUCAUGCGCUUCAGUGGUCCGGGCGGCCAGAGGGUUCGUGGAAGAUGUAGGGGCACCGGCUGCUUCGAAAUCCGGGGGUCUUUUGGACUUGGCCCGACGUUCUGAAAACAAUGCUGAAAGGGAUUGCGCCCGGCUGAUGGUAAACCAGUUUGAACUAGGCUUGCCUAUUCCCAAAACCAAGUUGGACACAGGAGUGCCCGAUGAUGACUUGUCAGUGCCUGUUCUUAGAUUGAGAGAUUGGGUGGACUUCCUGGUGCGUGGCAACCACACCCACAUUUUAGUUGGCUUGAAGAAGCCGAACUGGAAGCGCGAAGAAGCCAUUCUGUCAGCCUUCUGGGCCAACUUUGAAAGGCAGUUUCCAACGCACCCAGUUUUUGAGAGUGCCCGGCAAGGCAAUCUAGACCUUGGCAAGACUUUUCCAAUGGUAUUUCAUGGCGAUGAAGGCAGAGGCAGGAAAAGACUACCGUUUUUGGUUUUGAACUUCCACUCGGUUUUGGGCCGUGGCUUACAGGUUCACAGCAAGAAGAAGCCAGGUUGGAUUAAAAUGGCGCCAAACUAUCAUGGACACACCCUGACGUCAAGAUUUCUGCUGGCGGCCCUUCCAAAAGCUGCAUAUACAAACGAGCAUGGGCAUGUCUGGGAGAGCCUGAUGGAUCUUGCAGCCGACGAAGCGCGGCACAUGUUUUUCACUGGCGUGACAGAUCUGAUAUCGGGACGUGGCACCUUUCACAUGGCCAUGCUGCACAUCUGCGGCGAUUGGCCGUGGCUCGCAGACAGUGGUGGCUUUAAAAGAAGUUAUCGGAACGUGCAAAAGCAUAAGACAAGGACAAAACCGCCAGUUGGAAUAUGCCACAUGCGCGCUGCCGGCCAGAUAGGCUAUGACUUUGAGCAGCUGAACACUGACCAGCCGGCAUGGAUUGCAACUAUGUUCACUCAGGAACUCUUUUGUGAAGGUUUCGACCCGUCGCCAUUUGUUAGAAUUCCUCAUGUACCUGGCCAAACUGGGGCUCUGUGGUACUUUGAUGUAUUUCACACUAUGCACCUGGGUGUUUGCAAGUACCUACUUGGUAGCUGCCUCGCCCUGAUGUCUGAGGUGGAACCAGGAUCAUCUAUCGAUGCCAGAUUUGACAGCCUCAGCUGUCGGUUCAUUCGUUGGUGUAAAGAGAGCAAGCGGAGACCACAUAUAGCCAAGCUCACGAAGGAGCUCAUUGGCUGGCAGGUGCAAACGACCUUUCCAAGCGGUACAUGGCACAAGGGCGGACUGUCCAGUGUAUUGAUGGAUUUCGUGGAGCAUGCCUACGAAGCCAACAAAGGCUCUUGGCCGCGGAUGUUGCAGUCAGCAGGGCAAGCUGUUGUCAAUUGCAAUGCAUUUUUACGAACACUGUAUGCUGGCGAUGCUUGGUUGAGUGUGGGGCAAGCUGAGAAAGCUGCGCAACAUGGGCUUGACUUCUUGCGUUGCUACGCGGGUCUGGCCCGAAUAGCUUUGAGAGAGCAACGCUGCCUCUGGGUUUUACAACCCAAGCACCAUGCUAUGCAUCACUUGGUGUUGUACCUUUGGAAUUGCAGCAGGAAGGGAAAGACCCUCAAUCCACUUUGUAUGGCAACUCAGGCAGAUGAGGACUUCAUCGGUCGUCCAAGUCGCUUGAGUAGACGGGUCACAGCCCAGCCCCAACAGAUUUGCAAUCGUGUGCUUGGCCGCUACCUUCAGAGUGCCUACGCUCAGUGGGUCAAAGCAGGGUACAUCAUCAGGCCAAAGCACGGCACGAACAAAGUUCGUUGA